AUGCCUCCUCGCCUCAAAAUUAGUCACUUCCUUGUGCUUAAGAAUCCACUUGUGAGCAUCACUCCUCUUUGCAAACUUGACAGAGAUAUUCAGGAUGCAGAUCCUUAUUUGUAUGGUAGCUGUAAGCAAAUAUUGGAGAUGGAUCCUGAGGCAGUUGAUCAAGAUGUUCUGAUUCUGACAUUUGUUCAUGAAAUUGAUGAGCUAGGAUCAAGAAAGCUUGUGGAGCUCUGCCCUGAUGGGAAAAGCAUUACUGUAAAUAGUAAAAAUAGGGAGCUCUAUGUUGAUUCUCUUAUUCAGCAUCGCUUCGUCAGGUCUAUAUCUGAACAGGUGGCCCAUUUCGCUAAAUUACGUUAA